AUGGCAAACCAGUUGGGCGCAGCGCCGAGCGCCGAGGCCGCGGAGAAGGCCCAGCUCGCACUGGAAUGCGUGGACAUGCUCGUGGCGCAUGGGUACCCUCGCGCGUCCGUGGCCGAGAUCCCGAUCUACGAGCGCGUCGUGGGUGGCCUCGUCUUCUGCCUCCAGUCGGAGGAACUGACGAGCGUCGACUGCGACAUCCUCUUCCGUCCCGUUGCGAGCGUCAAAGAACGCGUUCGCGUUGCAGAGGCCAUCUGCGACAGCUUCAACACCGCGUUGCAGUCGUACACACAAGCCACAAACUCUAAGACGACGCUCAACUUGAGCGUUCACGAGCUGCAAGGGCCGAACUACGAGAAGCUACGCCAAGUCGUCGCGUGGCUC